GCGCAGAUUUGAAUCAUCUGGCGGGUCUUUCUGUUUCAUGUUUGCGUAACGUAGCCUACAACAUUAGCGAUCUUCUUGAUUUGUUUGUAGUUUGCUCAUAUACGGACUGUUAAAUACAAGGCGCAAUGGUCGAGGGUCCGGGUUGCACUUUAAAUGGAGAAAAGAUUCGUGCAAGAGUCCAAAAAGGACAAAAGGUUUUAGAUGUACGAAGAAAUGAAACCAACAAAUCAUCUGAUGGCAGUAGCAGCAGCUCUUUCCAGUGCUUUAUGGGCUGUGAGUUUACAGGCGUGGAGACACUUGGGAAAGAGCUCUUCAUGUAUUUUGGCUUCAGAGCUCUGAGAUUGCACUUUGGCAUGAAUGGUUCCUUGAGAAUAAACCCCCUGGAGAAGGAUUUGAAAGGAAAACCCCAAGUGUUGGUUAUUCAACUUACCAAAGAUGCCGUCUGUUUUAUUGACACAACUGUAGAAAUCAGACUCUCAGAUGACUGUGUGCAGAGAGUAAGAGCCAUGGAGGUUCUCGAUAUCUGUUCACCCAAGUUUAGUUUCUCUCAGGCGGUGGAAGCUGUAAAGAGAGAGAGUGAGAGAAUGCUCUGUGAUGUUCUGUUGGAUCAGGCCGUCUUACCUGGUGUAGGAAACAUAAUUAAAAACGAAGCGCUCUUCGACAGUGGCCUUAACCCGGCUGUCAAGGUCAGGCAGUUGACAAGCGAACAAGUUCACCAUCUUGUGAAGAUGACACGAGAUUUCACACUCCUAUUUUAUAAGUGUAGAAAGAAUGGAUCCCCACUUUACAAGCAUUACAAGGUGUAUAAACGUCCAAACUGUGGCCAGUGCAGUGGAACUGUCACUGUCUGUCGACUGGGAGACAACGGCAGGAUGACAUACUACUGUCAGCGCUGUCAAACAGGUGAUCCAAGUGAAGUAAACAUCAGUAAACUCCCAACUCGUAAUUGUCUGAUUGGAUGGGCUUAUCAAGGAGGAACGAGGAGCAACGAUCAUGUUGCAAAACAAGAGGAGGAAGAGUGGGCGUGUUCCCUUUGCACUUUAAUCAAUCGACCAAUUAACAAGUAUUGUGAAGCUUGUAUGAGCCCUAGACCGGAAGUGCCUGAAGAGCCCACAAAGCUGGAACAUUCACCUUUGAGUCGAGACCUGAUCCGCUACCCCUGCAACAGUUUUAGCAAACCCCUGCAGGAAAUAAAGAUGAAUCGUAAGACUGCAUUUGGGACAACCACUCUAGUCCUAACCAGCCUCAGCGCAAAACCUGACUCUCCUUCAAGUCCCGCCAUUAACCAGGCACACACACUAGAGACAAUGAGGGGUCUGAGCACGCACAGCAACUGGCAGUGGAAGAGUCCCAGUAAUGGUGUGAGUGGGAUGCAAUUCAGAGGAAAUGAGCCCCAUAAGAGAGAAUCUCCAGCAGACCACAGUCAGCCUAACAAGAGAAUGAAAACCAUGAAUGGACUAUCUGGAGGAAGCAUGCCACACAUGGGAUCACAGAGUAAUGACACAUCCCUACCCACAACCCCCUGCUGCAAAAGUCAUCACCGACCAUGCACCCUGAGGGUGGUCACUAAGGAAGGAGAAAACAAAGGCAGGCAGUUCUACACCUGCUCCUUGCCACGAGAGACUCAAUGUAACUUCUUUGAGUGGGCAGACCUGCAUUUUCCCAUGUGUCAGCAUGGCAAACGGACUCUUAUGAAGACUGUGCUGAAACUGGGACCAAAUAAUGGCCGCAACUUCUACACAUGCCCAGUUAAAAUGGGCAAGCAAUGUAAUUUCUUCCAGUGGGCUGAGAACGGCCCUGGCAUCUCAAUUCUGCCUGGCUGCUGAAUCCACGAGUUGGACAUGGCAACUUUUGGAGCAUUGCUUGCUUUUUAAUGUUGAGAUGAUGAAAACGUAUGUGUGUGCUUCUUUAUGAUUAAGUAAAUGUAUAUUUUGAAAUAAA